AUGGUCUCACAAGUAUUUGAAGAAAAGGCAAAGGCUGUUAACGACUUACCAACCAAGCCAAAUACGGAAGAAUUAUUAAAGCUGUAUGCAUUGUACAAACAAGCCACAGUUGGUGAUUGCAAUACCGAUAGACCUGGGAUCUUUAAUUUGAAGGACAGAUCCAAGUGGGAUGCCUGGAACAAAGUUAAAGGUACCUCUCAAGACGAUGCCGAAAAGCAAUACAUUGAAUUAGUCGAUGAGUUGUUUGCUAAGUAUAAGUAA